AUGCACGAAUACUCCGGUCCGCAUCCUAAAGCCAUGAAGCUGGCGAAGCGCUUGUGGGAACGCAGUGCGUUUUUGGCCCAGCGUGAGAUUGAUCUGGAGAAGCAUUUGCGUAUGCUUCACUACCUGAAGCCUCUUUUUUCUGCCUGGCCAGCUAGACUUACCCAGAUUGCGGCGCAUGCUGAAACACUGUUUACCAUGCUGCGAAGGACGAGGAAGAAGGAGUUGCCGGACGAUGCCUUCAACGACGCUUUAGCAGAUCUUCCAGCACUUCGCGAAAGCUUGCAGGACGUGGAGAGGCAGCUUGAGGAUUUGCAGCACCGAGGGCCACAGUCAGAGUCAGAGACCGCCGAAGGCCUCACUUGCGUGCAGGAUGUCAUUCAGCGCCUGGAGAGAGUGAGUGCCAAACAGGAUCUGGCAGGUGCCGGUCAGAAGAAAACAACAGCGGAGAUAGCGGAGCUGGUGGAAAAGGGGUUGCAGGAGGUUCAAGAACUGUUGGAAGCCUGUGUUGAGCUCGUACUGAUGAACCAGUUGGGGAGUUCUUGGCACUUCCCGCAUCACCUGGUGGAGCCCCUCCGCGACAAGUGGGACUUCGUCUCCGACCACCUUCCUGUCGGCGCAGGACUUCGCAAGGGGGCCCUGGGUCUGGGGAAGGAGCUGUACGUGGUGUCCUGGAACGUCCUCAACCACCACUUCUUGGAGCACAUCGAGAAAGACCUGCAGGGCCUUCGGGGCUCGAGCAUUCACCGUGCGGAGAGGGUCGGGCAGAUCGUGGAUGCCGUCAAAACGAUGCUAGACCGUCAGUCCGAGAUGCCAAAGGCCAUCGUCUGUCUUCAGGGAUGUUGGCCGGAGCUUCUCGGUGAGCUGGAGAUGGGAGCUGCGGGACUUGCAUUUCGCAGUUCGCCGCACGGGCCAGAAAUUGAGCCAGAAGAACCAAGAGGCCCUCGGGUAGCGUGA